UAUACAUUUCAAUUAUUUUGUGUAAACAACAAAAAGCUAGCAGAAGCAUACAUAUCUACACAUCGUUCAUUUGCAAAUAUUGCUUAAAUAAUAGAUCUCAAUACCAGCAAAAUGGUCACUGUGAGAAAAGCAGCAAAAACGAAAAAGAUACGCGGACCCUGUGAACCAGUAAAUAAGAAACGACUGUUGACCAUGGGCACCGGCAUCGAACAGAGACCUUGGACACCGACUGUACGCCGCGGUAAAAUAGCCGCGGAGACUUCUAGUCCGGGACCAGCGUGUGUGCAACUGCCCACUUUAGUCGGCAAGAAAGUACCUGACUCGAAGAAACCAGGCGCUCCAGCGUUUACUUUUGGCCAGAAACAUCGCAGCAACUUCGAUUCAAUUGGACCUGGGCCAGCGCAAUACGAUGUUACCGGAUUGGGUAUGAAAGGGAAGGCCACUCCUCCAGCAGCGAGCUUACGCAGUCGUCCCAAAGAUAAAACACUCUUCAGGACGCCAGCACCCGGCGAGUACGAUGUGGAUCGAGCUGCAAAGGCCGUCAUCGACGCAACGCCCAAGUAUUCUUUCGGACAAAAGCCGCCAAAUGAGAAGCCAAACUUAACGCCUGCGCCAAAUAGCUAUCGCCCUGAGGUUUCAUUUAUUAAAAAGAAAGCACCGAGCUACACUUUUGGUAGAAGAACAAAGCUCAGCUUCGAACAGGCGACUCCAGCACCCGGUGACUACCAAACGGAAAAAAUUCGUUUAGAUCACAGUCCUGCAUUUUCUAUGGCAGGGAGACAUGAUAUUAACAAAUCCAACGACUCUCCUGCACCAGGAACAUAUUGUCCCGAAAAUGUUCGCCUAGGCAAUACGCCGGCUUAUACCAUAAGCGGAAGAUCAGUAAAGAUAUCAAUUAGCGAAACUCCUGGUCCGGGAAACUAUUGUCCUGAGAAAAUUCGUCUUGACAACACCCCAUCAUACACAAUGGCUGGAAAAUAUGACUCUAAAAUCUGUACUGCCACACCCGCGCCAGGAGAUUAUUGUCCUGAAAAGGUCAAACUCGAUCAUACGCCUGCGUAUUCCAUGGGUGGUCGCCACAACUUACAAAAGCCCAGCGACACACCGGCACCAGGAACUUAUUGUCCUGAGAAAGUUCGUCUUGACAACACCCCAUCAUACACAAUGGCUGGAAAACAUGAUCCCAAACUGAAUAACGACACACCAGCACCUGGAGAUUAUUGUCCUGAGAAGGUCAGACUCGAUCAUACACCUGCGUAUUCUAUGGGUCGUCACAACUUACAAAAGCCCAGCGACACACCGGCACCAGGCGCUUGUCCUGAGAAAGUUCGUCUUGACAACACCCCAUCAUACACAAUGGCUGGAAAACAUGAUCCCAAACUGAGUAACGACACACCAGCACCUGGAGAUUAUUGUCCUGAGAAGGUCAGACUCGAUCAUACACCUGCGUAUUCCAUGGGUGGUCGUCACAACUUACAAAAGCCCAGCGACACACCGGCACCAGGCGCUUAUUGUCCUGAGAAAGUUCGUCUUGACAACACCCCAUCAUACACAAUGGCUGGAAAACAUGAUCCCAAACUGAGUAACGACACACCAGCACCUGGAGAUUAUUGUCCUGAGAAGGUCAGACUCGAUCAUACACCUGCGUAUUCCAUGGGUGGUCGUCACAACGUACAAAAGCCCAGCGACACACCGGCACCAGGCGCUUAUUGUCCUGAGAAAGUUCGUCUUGACAACACCCCAUCAUACACAAUGGCUGGAAAACAUGAUCCCAAACUCAGUAACGACACACCCGCGCCUGGAGAUUAUUGUCCUGAGAAGGUCAGACUCGAUCAUACACCUGCGUAUUCCAUGGGUGGUCGUCACAACUUACAAAAGCCCAGCGACACGGCACCAGGCGCUUAUUGUCCUGAGAAAGUUCGUCUUGACAACACCCCAUCAUACACAAUGGCUGGAAAACAUGAUCCCAAACUCAGUAACGACACACCCGCGCCUGGAGAUUAUUGUCCUGAGAAGGUCAGACUCGAUCAUACACCUGCGUAUUCUAUGGGUGGUCGUCACAACUUACAAAAGCCCAGCGACACACCGGCACCAGGCGCUUAUUGUCCUGAGAAAGUUCGUCUUGACAACACCCCAUCAUACACAAUGGCUGGAAAACAUGAUCCCAAACUGAGUAACGACACACCAGCACCUGGAGAUUAUUGUCCUGAGAAGGUCAGACUCGAUCAUACACCUGCGUAUUCCAUGGGUGGUCGUCACAACUUACAAAAGCCCAGCGACACACCGGCACCAGGCGCUUAUUGUCCUGAGAAAGUUCGUCUUGACAACACCCCAUCAUACACAAUGGCUGGAAAACAUGAUCCCAAACUGAGUAACGACACACCCGCGCCAGGAGAUUAUUGUCCUGAGAAGGUCAGACUCGAUUAUACACCUGCGUAUUCCAUGGGUGGUCGUCACAACUUACAAAAGCCCAGCGACACACCGGCACCGGGCGCUUAUUGUCCUGAGAAAGUUCGUCUUGACAACACCCCAUCAUACACAAUGGCUGGAAAACAUGAUCCCAAACUGAGUAACAACACACCAGCACCUGGAGAUUAUUGUCCUGAGAAGGUCAGACUCGAUCAUACACCUGCGUAUUCCAUGGGUGGUCGUCACAACUUACAAAAGCCCAGCGACACACCGGCACCAGGCGCUUAUUGUCCUGAGAAAGUUCGUCUUGACAACACCCCAUCAUACACAAUGGCUGGAAAACAUGAUCCCAAACUGAGUAACGACACACCCGCGCCUGGAGAUUAUUGUCCUGAGAAGGUCAGACUCGAUCAUACACCUGCGUAUUCCAUGGGUGGUCGUCACAACUUACAAAAGCCCAGCGACACACCGGCACCAGGCGCUUAUUGUCCUGAGAAAGUUCGUCUUGAUAAUACCCCAUCAUAUACAAUCGCGGGGAAACAUGAUACCAAAGUGAAGAACGACACACCCGCCCCUGGCGAUUAUGCACCAGAAGCAGUGAAGCUUGGCCACUCACCUGCAUUUAGUAUUGUCGGCCGGAGAAAUGUCCAGCUGAUUAGUGAUACACCAGCUCCGGGUGAAUAUUAUUCUGAAAAGGUCCGCCUAGAUCAUAGUCCAGCAUUUACCAUAUGCAGCCGAAAAUACCUUAAACACACAGAAAACACACCAUCUCCAUGUGAUUAUAAACCCGAAGAAUGUAAACUUGAUCAGUCCCCAGCUUAUACCUUUGGCAUAAAAAUAAAUCCUCACAUCAGAAAUGAAUCGCCAGCACCAGGGCAAUAUGAAUUCGAGAAGAUUAAUAUGGAUCGAGGUCCCGCGUACACUUUUGGUUUAAAAGUAACUCACGAGUCAGUCAGUGAAACCCCAGCACCCACUGCUUAUGAACCAGAAAAGCACACUCUCGAUUACGCACCUUCCUUUAGUUUUGGCUUAAAGCCCAAGAGCAAGUUGACCACCGAGGCACCAGCACCUGGCCACUAUCACCCAGAAAAUUGUAAAUUGAACAAUUCGCCAGCUUUCACAUUUGGUCUCAAAGUUGCGCCCAUGCCAGCUCUGCCAAAGGGUGCUUAUGUAGAAGAUCGUAUUUUGCAAAGACGAGAACGGCGUUUAGCUAGUCCUGUACGCACCAAUCAAAAUCAGACUCAGCUAAACGGCGAGGUGUUAAAGUUCACCGAUAAUUCUUCCAAUGAUGUUGAGCGCACAUCCAAUACAAUUACUAGCACAACAAUAAGAACAGUUGGUGAGCAAGAUGUGCUCGAAAACGGGUAUAAAACGGACAAAGCCAUUCGCACGCAGCACGCAGACGACAGCAGCACCAGAACAACAAUCACGCAGCACAUCGCCAAGGGCACAUUAAACAACGGCACUGGCCUUAAAGCCAACGCUAAAGCUAAAGGCACCACAACCACUAGCACUCUAACAUAUACGGUUGCCGCCGGUGGAUUAGAUAACGGUAGAGAAAUUCACACCGCCCACGGCAUAGCUGAUGCCAGCACGGUCAAAUCAGGCGGCUCUAUCACCAAGACGGUUGUACAGUCGGACGGCACAGCUGUUACAACGACCACAUCCUCAAAAACUUCGUCCGUCAAAUAUGUUGUAGAGGCUAACGCCACACACGAAAAAAUCAUAAGCUCCUAAUGUCUAUAAAAUACCCACCGUCUUGGGUAUCAGCAAGGAAGGCCCGAUACGUUCAGCACCGGCCUUCACAAUGGCCGGUAGACAAAAGCCGCGACUAAUCCCAGCAUUAUUGCUACCCGGUCCCGGUGCAUAUGAUGCUGAAUACUCGGUUAUGAAAUAUAAGCCACCUAUGUACACAAUGCGUGGCAAAUUCAAAUACCCGAGUGAUGAGCACAAUAAACCAGGACCGGGCGCACACUGUCCCGAGAAGUAUCAGUUGUACAAAACAAGUCCAGCACCGUCAUUUUCAAUUCAUCACAGCCCAUUUUUGGGUCAAAGAAAAUCUUAUAUCAUACCACAUCUCACUCGUGCAUGCCUAGUUCCAUAGCCUGCGGUGAGAAAAUAUUCAAGAUUUCUAUUUAGCCAUGGAACUAUUGAGAUCUAUUAUUUUUCAAUGCGAACGAUUUCAUACACAUUUUACUUUAAUUGGCCAGUCGGAAUAUACAAAAAAUUUUAAGCAAGUCACAUUAUAGUUCUGUUAAUCUCUCACAUGUUCCAGCCUACAGUUUUGGCAUAAAACACUCGCCCUACAUCGGACAAAUACAUGAAAAAUGUGAAUACGGUUUCUCCGGAAUAUGUUGAAGGCGCUUCCACUUUGCCGAUUAUCAAAACUCCAAGACGGUUUAGUUAAGUUAUAACUUCAAUAUAUUAAUACUACACAUACAUACAUAAAUACAUAUUUAAACUAACAAGGGACCUACAUGUGUUGAUCUAUGAAUGAUCUGACUAAUUUUUACUAAACUGGAAUUGUGCAAACAUUGUAAAACGUUAAUAAAAUUUGUAAAGCAUAAUAAAAUGGAUAAAUUCGAUUGAAAA